GCGGGAGAGAGAGGAGACUUUACUAAUUGCAGUCUCGUAAGCAAACCCUAAGGGAGAAACAUUUUGUCGUCCAUGGAAGGCGCUAAAAGGAGUAGAGAUGGGGAUCAGGAAGAUGACGACAGCGGCGGAGAGAAUCAGAAUCAUAACCAGAAACAGGAGCGGAGCACCAGCCAAGAGCGAAGCCCCGAGCUCGAUGAUGACUAUUUCAAGGAAACUCGUCCUCAGUCCAAGCGUAGUCGCACCCUUCCUCCCCAUCAGAAUCUCAUAGAGGUUGUGAAAGGGAGCGUGGAUCUUAUACCUAAAGCGGUGAAGAUCUGGGUUGAAAGAUAUGAAAACUCUCCAAACCUUGCUACCGCUGAACUCUUGUCCAUGCUCUUUGAGGCUUGCGGUGCUAAAUACUCCAUCAAGGAAGACCUGCUUGAUGAGACUGACGUCGAUGAUGUUGUCGUUGCCCUUGUUAAUCUUGCUAGAUCCGGGGAAAUUGAAGAUUAUCAUAGUUCUAGAAAGAAGGAACUCAAGAACUUCAAAGAAAAUCUUGUUUCUUUCUGGAAUUAUUUAAUUACCGAGUCCCAGAAUGGACCAUUGUUUGACAAAGUCUUGUUCGACAAGUGCAUGGACUUCAUCAUCGCACUCUCAUGUACUCCACCUAGAGUUUACCGCCAAACUGCCACGCUAAUGGGUCUCCAACUAGUCACUUCCUUUAUUUCUGUAGCCAACACUCUCGGUUCCCAGCGAGAAACCACCCAAAGGCAAUUGAAUGCUGAAACCAAGAAAAGACCUGACGGCCCUCUUGUCGACUCCCUCAACAAAAGGUUGUCUGUUACUCACCAACAGAUUACUACUUUGGAGGACAUGAUGCGUAAAAUUUUCACUGGGUUGUUUGUACACCGAUAUCGAGAUGUUGACCCCGAUAUUAGGAUGUCAUGCAUUCAGUCUCUAGGUGUUUGGAUUUCUACUUAUCCUUCUCUUUUCUUACAAGAUCUCUACUUAAAGUAUCUUGGAUGGACGCUUAAUGACAAAGCUGCCGGGGUGAGGAAAGCUUCUCUCCUGGCUUUGCGAAAACUUUAUGAGAUGGAUGAAAACGUCCCCACUCUUGGUCUAUUCACUGAGAGAUUUUCCAAUCGAAUGAUCGAGAUGGCUGAUGAUGUUGAUUUGUCUGCAGCUGUAUGUGCUAUUGGACUUGUAAAGCAGUUGCUAAGACACCAGCUGAUUCCUGAUGACGACCUUGGCCCUUUGUACGAUUUGCUUAUUGAUCAACCCCAAGAAAUUAGACGUGCCAUAGGAGAGUUAGUGUAUGACCACUUGAUCGCACAAAAGUUCAACAGUUCCCCAUCCAGUCUUACAGGUCAUGAUGAUUCUUCCUCUGAGAUCCACAUCUUCAGAAUGUUACAAAUAUUACGGGAGUUUUCCACAGAUCCAAUUUUAAGCGUUUAUGUAAUAGAUGAUGUUUGGGAGUACAUGAAGGCCAUGAAGGACUGGAAGUGUAUCAUCUCUAUGCUUUUGGAUCAGAAUCCUCGGACUGGGUCUACUAGUGACGAAGACUCAACAAACUUGGUCAGACUUCUGUUUGCGUCUAUUAGAAAGGCUGUCGGAGAGAAGAUAAUCCCUUCAACGGAUAAUCGAAAGCAGUAUCACAGUAAAGCUCAGCGAGAAAUGUUUGAAAACAACCGGAAGGAUAUAACGGUUGCAAUGAUGAAGAACUAUCCACAACUUCUACGUAAAUUUAUGGCUGACAAAGCGAAAGUCUCAUCUUUGGUGGAGAUUGUUAUGUUUAUGAAACUUGAGCUCUAUUCUCUUAAACGACAGGAGCAGAGUUUUAAGGCUGCCGUCCGAUUAAUUAAGGAUGCGUUUUUCAUGAACGGGGAGAAGGAAGCACUAAGAUCUUGCGUUAAAGCUAUAACAUUUUGUGCGUCGGAAAGUAAAGGGGAACUUCAAGAUUUUUCUCGUGGGAAGCUUAAAGAUCUUGAAGAUACGCUUUUAGAUAAACUUACUUCUGCUAUUAAAGAGGUCAAGGAUGGAAAUGAUGAAUAUUCCCUCCUUGUAAAUCUGAAAAGGUUGUAUGAGCUUCAGUUGUUAAAGCCUGUACUUGGUGAGAGCAUGUACGAUGAGCUUGCUAUGACGCUCCAUGAUUUCAGAAAUUUGGAUGAAGAGGUUAUCUGUUUUCUCCUAAUGAACAUGCAUAUGUACGUGGUGUGGUCUUUGCACUCCGUCAUAAAUUGUGAAACUGUCUCCGAAGCUUCCUUAGCUUCCCUUAUAUCAAAACGCGAUAUCCUGUUUGAGGAGCUUUCUUACUUCCUAAAUGGAGUUGAGGAAUCGAGAAAAUAUGGUAACCAGCUAGCUCUCAGGAUUUGUGCUUUACUUGCGGAAGAGUGGUGUCUUUUUAGAAAGUCAAAUUUUGACUCAAGUAAACUUGAAAUGUUAGGAUAUUGUCCAGACAGUGUUAUUCUCAAGAAAUUUUGGAAACUCUGUGAAGAAAUUCUUAACACAUCAGAUGAGACUGAUGAGGAGGAUGAAAAUAAGGAGUAUGUUGCUGAGACGAACAGAGAUGUUGCAGCCAUUGCUGCCUGCAAGUUGGUUAGUUGUGGCGUGGUGCUGAAGGACUAUCUAGGACCAGAGAUAUUAUCUCAUCUUGUUAUGCAUGGACCUAGUGUUACAGAAGUCAUAAAGAAUCUUAUAACUUGCUUAAGGAAAACAGAGGAUGACAUCUCCAAUAUCUAUAUGGAAUCCUUGAAAAGGGGAUAUGAACGGUAUGAAAGCGAACUUUCUUGUGACGGUGGAGAAUCAAGAGUAGAAAAAUGUCUUGAAGUGUGCCGGGAGCUUGCUGGUCGGCUAUCAGGAAUGUAUAUUGGUGCUGCUCGCAACAAACACAGAUUGGAGAUUUUGAGCGUGGUCAAGGAAGGUGUUGAGUUUGCAUUUAGGGACGCACCGAAACAAAUGUUGUUUCUGGAAGUUGCUAUCCUUCCAUUUGCAACGAGACUCUCAGUGCCGGACAUCAUUGACAUUAAGAGGGAGGUUCAGGGGCGUAUAGUGCAUGUUAAUACAGAUGAAGACCCCAGCGGAUGGCGUCCUUGCUUUACCUUCUUAGAAACAUUGGAGGAGAAAUGCUUAAAAACCGAGGAUGUACAAGACGACAAGGAAGGAGUAGCUGCAAAACGCAGGGGACGUAGGCCGAGAAAACGUGCUGAAACAGAGCGAAAGAGAUUGUUUGAUGAGCAAAGCGGAAGCGAUGAGGAUGAAUCAAUGAGUGGUGGCUCGGACAAAGAAGACAAGGGAGAUUUUGUAGACGAGGACGCUCCUCUUAUUGAGACAAUCAGAUCGGCUGCAAGACGGAGGGCACUAAGAGGCGAACGGCCCAAGUGACAAUUGACUUGAGAGUGUAAUGCUAUCAGUUUAUGUUGGACAUAUGAUCAAAGUGUUUCUAGUACCAAACCCUAAAACCCUACUCUUUGUUAUAUAUGAUUUGCAAUCUAAUUGUUUGUUUUUUUUAGUAGUAGAGAUAGAUCCAGACAUUAAUACCAUCAAAAAUGUAAUCUAUAACAGUAAAACUGAAAAGCAUAAAAUCAAGAAAAACAACAGAAACAAACAUAACUUGUAAUGAAUUGAUUCAUCAUAUUCUCCCAGCAAUUCUCAUAAGAGGAGCAAUAACACCCUGAAUCUCGACAAGAGACUGUUGAAUCAUAAUCUCCUGGUUGACCUCCCUCUUCAAGUUCCUGAGAACCCCUUUAAACUCCUCCUUACCGUUGAUAUCCUCAGCUCUCAUCUCCAAAACCUUCUUCGUCAGUGCCAUCAACAAUACUGAAUACCUCUGCACGGUACAGUACCGCUGUAAGAAACUCAGAAGCAAUCCCAACUCCCCUUCCUCCAUAUUCGACACACACUUCAUCAUCUUCCUCCUGGCCACCAAUUCUUCCAUCACCGCCACCACGUUGGCCGGUUUCUUCUCCUCCAAAACAGAGACCAGAGCCUCCUUGUGCCUGAACUUCUUCAAGAGCUUAUCGUGUCUUGCCAGUUUCACUCCUUUCAUCUCCUUGACCAAGUAAUCCUCUUUGGAUGGCUUCUCGCUCUGGCCUCGCUGGAAAUACCUGAAAUAAGUAGGCCUCAACGCCCUUCUCCUACUCUCCUCCACUUGGCUAUUGACACUCCAAAAGCUAGUUGCCUUCUUCUCAGCAUCUGGCAGCUUCUUCUUCUUGCCAGCAAACAGCAUACCGUUAGACCCUCCGAUGACACGAAGGGAAGAAUCGGGAGAGAGCGCAACGGACAUGAGAGGAGCAGGAAACCUCAUGGAGUAGGUCAUCUUUGCUCUCCCGUAAUCGAACACUUUCAUGUAUCCGUCUAGAGAAACACUCACAAGACGAUUCUCCGCUGCUUCAUCCAAUCCCAUUCUCCCAACGCAGAGAGAGGUGACAGUCUUGUUGUGACUCUCCAUGGAACAAACCAUCCUCCCGCCUCCGAUCAAGUCCCACACCUUGACGCUGUUCAAACCGGCGGUUGCGAUCAUCCCACCGGACGGCAGGUAGACCACGUCCUCCACUGGACCCCCGUGGUUGAUCUCAGCGAUGCAUUUGGACGUGUCCACUCUCGCGUCCCACACCUUCACCGUGUGAUCGUAAGAACCCGUUACGAACAUGGAAUCGUUCACGGGAGAGCAGUCCCCGCAGCGCACAUAGUCCUUGUGGCCUAACAGAUCUGAGAUGACGGUGGCUCCGGCGACAUCCCAGUACUUGACCACUCCAUCGUCGCCUCCGGAGACCAAGUGAAGCUUGUCCUGAAAGGGAUACUUGACGAAUCGCGCGGGUGCCUUGUGGGAGCGGAGGCUACGGAGAGCCAUGCGUUCCUUGACGUCGAAGACCUGCACCACGCCGGAGAGGUCGGAUGCGGCGAGAAGAGCGCCGUCGGAACGAAAACAGACGGAGGAGACAACAUCUUUGAAGGAGAAACGGCGGGAGACGGAAAGCGUGUGGGAGGAAAAGAGGGAGACGGUGGUGGAGUGGGCCACGGCAAGGGAAUGAGGGUGGACCGGAGAGAAAGCCAAGGCGGCGACGGAGGAGACCAGUUUAGGAAUGUUGGAGUUAGGUUUGAAGGAGGACCAGUAUCUGGAAUCCGUAGUCUCCGACUUGGAAACAGAUUUCGCUGUUGAUUUUGGUUUCACAGGGAAAAUCUUUGAAACUUGGUGAUCAUUGAGUCUAACACGAAGCUCUUCCUCCAUUUUCCACUAACACCUCGAUCUCGAUAGCUGCUGUGCUGUGCUCUGCUGUGCUUGAGAGAGAGAGAGAGAGGGAACAAGGAAAGAG